UUUUGGUAGUUAAUAGCAUGUUUUUUGAGCUGUCAUGGCGAAUGGCGAUGUUGAAGAACCUCUACUACGAGGCAAUGCAAAUUCAUCGAUUCGAUUUAGUGAUGUAAACUCAUUUAAGCGAAGGCGGCCUCAAUCUAGCAGCACUUGUUGUACUAUUAGUCAUAUACAGAGAAAUAAUGAGGAAUCCCUUCAUUACCCUGAGUUCAUUUCAACAAAGAGUUUUAGACUCAGAGAUGUACUGUUGUUCUUGGCUGUUUAUAUAGGAGUCGGAGCAAUUUGCUUCUUCAUCAUAAGCGAUCAAAUCGAGGGAAAAAAGACUAAUGGGAUUCUUGAUGCAAUAUACUUAUGUAUUGUUACAAUGACUACUGUUGGAUAUGGUGAUCUUGUUCCUAAAAGCAUCUUAGCUAAGUUUCUCGCGUGUGUUUUUGUGUUCACCGGUAUGGCUCUUGUUGGAUUUGUUCUGAGUAAAGCAGCAGAUAGUUUUCUUGAGAGGCAACAAAUCAUGUUUCUCAAAGCCAUAAAGAUGAGGAAAGAUAGUACUAGUUCAACAGAGGUUUUGAAAGAGGUAGAAACGAACAUCGAAAAGUACAAGUUUUUAAGUACUGUGGCACUUCUUGUUGUACUUACUAUGCUUGGAACAAUUUUUCUAUGCCAAGUUGAGGAUUUGAGUUUGUGUGAUGCUUUUUAUUGUGUUUGUGCUACUAUUACUACUCUGGGGUAUGGAGAUAAGAGUUUCUCGACGAAAUGGGGGCGUUUAUUUGCUUCUUUUUGGAUAUUGAUGAGCACAAUUUGUUUGGGACAGUUAUUUUACUCCCUUGCUGAGUUAUAUACAGAACAAAGGCGAAAAUCUAUGUUCAAAUGGGCUCUAACUCGCGAGUUGACAAAUUCAGACCUCCAGGCUGCAGAUCUUGAUCAUGACAGUGAAGUGAGCGCUGCAGAAUUCAUCGUCUAUAAACUUAAAGAGUUGGGGAAGAUAACUGAGGAAGACAUCUCUAUAGUCAUGGAGAGCUUCAAAUUGCUUGAUGUUGAUCAUUCAGGCACAUUGACUGAAAAUGAUAUUGCACUUUUGCAGUCGUCGUCUCGAUCCAAAAGCUGAUAACACCCCUCUAAACAUCUUACGCACAAAUGAUAGAACUAUGGAAAUUGCAUAGAAAAUUUUGCAGACUUUCAAUCCUAUGGACUUAAUGUUUGGAAAAAGGGAUCAUAGAUACAAUCAAGAUUCAAGAACUUGUCACAAUUUUGAAUCAUUGGGAGAAUGUAAGUU